AGAACCUUAAGAAGAUGGAAAAGGAAUAUUAAAUUUUCCAGGGGAAAAAAAAUAAAAAAAAAAUUCUAUCCUGCGUUUACUAGUUGACCAAACAAACACCGUGUGUCAAGCACAAAAACAAAACAAAACAAAAGAAGGGAAAAAAAAAAGAAAAAAAAAAGAAAAAAAGAAAAACCCUUCCUUCUCUACCAGACCCAACAGCCUUGUACGGUCACCAUGCACCAGUAGCCACUAAUCUCUCAACCAAAACCUUUUCCAACUCCAACAAGAUCAAGAUCAAGAUCAAGAAAGGAAAAUAUUGCAUAUAUUUCUAUACUUCUUUCUAUAUAUAUAACUAUAAGAAGAAAAAAAUGGAAGGAGACAGAGGGGUUCCAAAUUAUGAGCUUCAAGUCUCAUUCUCUGCUACCCCUCCACCACCUAUCCAUGAAAUGGGAUUUGUCCAGUUUGAAGAUCAUAACCAGGUUUUGAGCUUCUUAUCUCCUAACAACAACAACAACAACAACAACAACAACAACAAUUCUCACUCAACUACUCCGCCUCUCAACGGCGGUUCCACUGCAACCACCACUUCUGCUGCCGCCGCCGCUGCCACCGCCACCACUAUGGGAUUUGGUCACGGUGAUCAUCUUGCUGCCAGAUCUUCUUGGAAUAACGACCAGGUGGGUACGUUGGAUCCCAAGGGUAUUAAUAAUGAUGAAAAUUGCAGUACCGGUAAUGCUAGCGAUGGCAGCAAUUCGUGGUGGAGGAGCUCAACCUCAGAGAAAAGCAAAGUGAAAGUGAGAAGAAAGCUGAGGGAACCAAGGUUCUGUUUCCAAACCAGAAGCGAUGUGGAUGUGCUUGAUGAUGGUUAUAAGUGGAGGAAAUAUGGUCAGAAAGUUGUCAAGAACAGCCUCCAUCCUAGAAGUUAUUACCGUUGUACGUACAAUAAUUGUCGAGUAAAGAAAAGGGUGGAACGACUUUCAGAGGAUUGUCGUAUGGUAAUCACAACUUAUGAAGGUAGACACAACCACUCUCCUUGUGAUGACUCAAAUUCCUCCGAACAUGAAUGUUUUAGCUCCUUUUAAUUUAUACACAUUAUAUAUAUAGCUAAAUUAGAGAGAACAAAAACAUUAACUUAUUGUAAUAUUCCAGUAUGUAUUAUUAGCUUUGUGACAAUCUUUGUCAAAUUGAUUUUGAGGGAUUGCCAUCCUAUUAAGUUUCCGAAGGUUCUAUAUCCUUGUUCAUAUAUAAUAUAAAUGUCAUCCUCUUGCCGUUGAUGUUUA